GAUUUAUACCCACUGGGCCAACACGUGAGCGUUUUAACAGAGUGACACCACCUGUUGAAGGGUAAUUUGGUCACUCUAACAGAAAACUACAAUCGUCAAAGUUACCAGAGCGAAUAUAUAUUGAAAAGAUUUCAUCAAAUCUCUCUCUCUUCGUGAUUUAUCCUUUUCUCUGAGAACAAACACAUUCUUUCUCGGGAAAAUCAAGUAUGUCGUCUUCUUCAGGCAAUCGAAGCAACAACAACGGAGCUUCUUCCUCUCACCCUCCUCCUCCCAUCACUUCAUCUCGUCUCCACGUCGCGAACAAAGCCAAAGAGAUCCUCGCGACACGCGACGCCACAGGAAUCACCAGACUCGUCACGAACCUCUGCUACGCGAAAGAAUCAGACGAAUCCUCGAGCCUUCUCUACAAAACCUUCAAGAAGCAUUUCCCGAAUCUCUUAGCCGUCAAACUCAUCCACGCGUACAGAUUCAUCACGACAACGUUUCCCUCCUCCUCUCGCUCAGGCCUUCGAUCUUACCCCCUCGAACUCCUCGUCACGCUUCUCAUCGAUCUCGAAGAGUCUAACGUCGCAUUGAAAACAGAGGCGUUGAACGACGUGAAAGAGCAUCUAAACGCUUGCCUUGUACAUCAAGAAACCUCUGAUCGCGAGUUUAAGCUCCUCUCGAGAAUCGUAUCUCGCGUCUCCGUUGAUUUCUUCAUCGAAUCCAUCCCGUGGGAGGAGCUCUCUUCCUUCAUCGUCUCUUUAAACGACAAGAAAAUGCUGCUGAUGUUCGGGGAGUUACCGACGGUUCUCGACGAAGGUUUCUUGAAGCCGUUGCUGGAGAACGGUCUCGCGUUCAAGAUCCUUAAAGGCUUGUUUAAUCAAGAUCGUGAUGAUGAAUGGUGUUUAGCGUUGGAAGCGGGGUUUAAUCUGAUGCUGCAGCUGAUAAACCUGGAGAGGAAAGAUUUGGUUUGGGAUUCGGUUUACGCGAUUGUGAGUUCGGUUUGGGAGAUGGUUAACGUGCGGAAACGAGAUAUGGUUGUGCGUAAAGGGCUGUUGAGGUUGGUGAGGAAAGUGCGUGGUGAAGCUUUGAGGUUUCGUGGGCGUGAGUAUGAGUUUGUGUCGCGUUUGGCUUUGAUGAUUAAGAGAAUCGAUGGACUUGGAGAUGAUACGAAGGUUGCUGCGAAAAUGAUCCAUGAUGUUCUUGAUAGGUAUUACAUGGGAGGUACAGGAUUGGAUUCGGGUUUCGUCCCGGGCCUAAUUGGUAGUUACUCUGCUUAAACCGAUUCUGGGAUUUAGGGUUUAUGCAUUUUUUUUUGUAAUUGGUUUUAGCUAUUGAGAAGUCAAUAAAAAUUAGGUUGGUUUCUUUGAGUUUGUGGAUACGUUUUGAGUCAGACCAUUAAUGAAAUUUGAGCUGUGGAUGUAUUCAAGCGUUUUGUCAAAGAUCUUGUUUCCAACAAAAUGGGAAUUUUUAUGAAAUUUGAUAUAUGUCAAUGCUUUUCAUUAAACCUUGAGGAAACAAAACAAUAACCAGGCUCCUUCCUGGUUCGCUGAACUCACGGGGUUUCAGCUAUCUGAGUUUGAAUCUCAACAGAUGGUUCUUACGCCUUCUCGGGAAGAAAUAAAGGCUCUGUUCUUCAAGCUCAACCCAAAUAAAGCCCCUGGGCCGGAUGGGUUAACCUCUGGCUUCUUUAAAGGUGCUUGGUCAGUGAUUGGUGAUGAGACUACAAACUCGAUCCAGCAGUUCUUCUCUUCCUGUUUCCUUCCGGCCGCAGCAAACGCCACGAUCCUCUCACUUGUACCUAAGUUUCCAGGAGCAAGCAAGAUAUCUGAUUUCAGACCUAUAAGUUGCCUCAAUACGGUUUAUAAGGUUAUAUCUAGAUUGCUAGUCAAGAGAUUAAAGCGGUUCCUGCCUAAACUAAUUCUACCAAGCCAAACGGCGUUUGUCAAGGAUCGGUUGCUACUGGAGAACACUACCCUUGCCGGUGAAUUAAUAAAUGGCUACCAUCGAAACAAAGGCUCAAAGAAGACUACCAUAAAGGUGGACAUAGCAAAGGCGUUUGAUACGCUAUCCUGGGAUUUCCUCUUCUCCUGCCUCUAUGGUUUGGGUCUCCCUCCUCUCUUCCUCUCCUGGUUGCGAGCCUGUAUAUGUACUACAAGUUUCAUGGUUGGGUACAAUGGCACGGUGAACGGUUAUUUCAAAGGGAGUAGAGGGUUAAGGCAAGGGGAUCCCUUAUCUCCUUACCUGUUCGUAAUUGCGAUGAACUGCCUUUCUCAUAUGCUCAACAAGGCGGCCGCAGAGAAUCGAGUUAAAUUCCAUGCUAAAUGUGAGAAGGUUAAACUGACACAUCUUUCCUUUGCAGAUGAUCUCCUGAUCUUUAUCGAUGGUUCUAUCAACUCUGUCCAGCAAGUACUUCAACUCCUUCGGGAAUUUGAAAACAGAUCAGGUCUUGCAGUGAGUCUUCAGAAGACAUCAUUCUUUGCCUCUGGAAUGGAACAAGCAGAAAUUGAAAUGAUCCAAGCUUCUACUGGCAUGUCGUGUGGGUCACUUCCAUUCCGGUACCUCGGUGUCCCUUUAAACUCCAGAAAGCUUUCCAUAGCUGGCUGUGAUAUACCCUACUGCAACAAGUGAAAGCAAAAUUCAAUUCCUGGUCAGUAAAGACUUUAUCUUUUUCAGGACGUUUGUUGCUAAUAAAAACGGUGAUAUCGGGGAUUACCACAUUCUGGUGCUCUUCCUUCAUACUUCCCAAAGCCUGCAUAAAGAAAAUAAACUCUUUAUGUAGUACUUUCUUAUGGAAAGGAGACACUGACUCUAGAAACUCUGCGAGGGUAGCCUGGGAAACAGUUACACUGACGAAGGAGCAAGGAGGCUUAGGAGUGAAAGACUUACUAACCUGGAACAAAUCAUGUUGUCUGCGGCUUAUUUGGAUGAUAUUUUUCAGACCAGACUCUGUCUGGGUGUCUUGGUUUAAAGAAGUCAUUCUCAACGGAUCAGUCCACAACUACUGGUCUACUAAACCAAGUAGCACCUACUCUUGGCCAGUGAACAAACUGUUGAAGUUGAAAAGUGUUGUAUAUCCUAUGAUUCGUCUCCAACUGCAGAAUGGGAAAAUGGCACGAUUCUGGCAUGAUAACUGGAGUCCGUUUGGCUGCCUCUAUGACUAUCUAGGCGCUUCUGCAACAAGGCUUGGAAUACCUAUAAAUGCGACAGUGGCCUCGCUAUUAAGGGAUGGCGCUUGGAGGCUACCACCUGCAAGAUCAGAACAUCAGUUGAACUUACACUCUUUCUUAACCACUAUCCAAUUAACUGAUGUAGAUGAUGCAUACUAUUGGGAAAUUGAAGGUACACCGAUGUUGAGAUAUGAAACUGGAAGGAUUUACCACUACCUGAGGGGCAAUAUCGAAACCGUUCAGUGGGCAUCAGCGGUUUGGUCUCCUAGAAGCAUCCCGAGGCAAUCAUUUCAUGCUUGGUUAGUAGUACUUGAUCGCACUCCAACCCGUGAUCGUCUCAUCAGUUGGGGUCUCCAAGUAAGCCACCUAUGUCUCCUCUGUAAUGCUAACUCUGAAUCAAGGGAUCACUUAUACAUGGACUGCCCGUUUAGUUUCGAUCUCUGGACUUUGAUCGCCACUAAGUGUCAACUCCUGCCCCUUCGAAACUGGUCCGCUCUCAUAAAUCAAAUGACUUCUUUGCCACCUCCAAGGUCAAAGAAGCUCCUCUGUCUCCUUGCGUGGAAAGCUGUGAUGUAUUGGUUAUGGAGGGAACGAAACGAGAGGCUCCAUGCAAAUACUUUCAGAACCAUCGACUCUCUUCUCAAAACCAUUGAUCGCCAAAUCAGGAAUCAUAUUCAAAGCUUCCGUGAAUCAAAUCAUGCUCUCUCCUCGAAGAUGAUUCAACUCUGGUUCUCGUAAAUCUUCUCCGGUGAAAUCAACUGCAACUCUCCUCCAUCUGAUCGCUUCAGAACCUUCCCGUAUCUGAUCGUUUCUGAACCUUCCCGUCUCUUCUUCUCCAGUUGGGCCUGCUACUCUCAAAUGGGCUUCUAUCUUCACUUUAUGGGUUUCAAUUAUGGUUCUUCUUUUGUACUGGGCAAGGCCCUCGUAACCAUGGUCUCUGACCUGUAAACAUUUUGUUUCCUUUUUUAUUAAUGAAAGCCUUAGUUUCAAAAAAAAAAAAAGAAACAAUGAAUAGUCACAGGGAAUUUUAAUAAAGGUGGCCAGUGUUCUAAAAAUCAUCGGUAUAGGCAUCGGAUACAUAAAUCGAAAACAAAACUAUUUUGCAUACCGAUUUGUUUUUCAAAAAUCGAUUCGCCUAAACAAUAAUUUCGGCUAAACCACCACCUAGCAAUUUUUUCAACAUUGCUUGCGGCAAAUGUUUAUUUUUCAUGUUUAUUUAACCUAUUUCCAGCUCUGGAGAUGAUUUUUGUAACAUCCUUGUGGGCUUUAUUUUCAUUUAACGAAUACAAAAAGGCCGUAAAGAACAUUUCCUUCAAUUGACACGGACACGACACACAGUCUCAGUGCGGAACUGUUGUAACUAUUUCCAAAGGCUUCUAGAAUCAUCUCAACAACCGCUCUGUCUUUCUUUUUUCUCCCUUCGCUCAAAACCUCCCAAAACUCAAAAAUCAACAGACAAAACAUAAAAAAAUGUUCGGCGUGGUCUUCCCGAAUCGAAGUUUCCCAAUGGACAUCUCAACCUUCGUCCAAAUCGACACUUUCCACUGGGUUCUCGACAUGAACCACUUCGUCGGUAAGUCUUCUUCACCUUCUCCUCUCCUCAUCUUCCCAAUAAAACAAAUUUCUCCUCAGGCGAAGCAUACGAUCAAAUCGGAGAGAUGUGCAUCUUCCUACUCAACAACUUCACUCUCCCACCCGACAAAGCGCUAGCAGUCUACGUCCAAUCUCCAGGAUCCGCUUUCGCCUUCUGCGGCGCCGUAACCGUAUCUCGACCCUCGGCGGUUUUGUCCUUACAGUGGCCGGAGCCCGGAAGCGCGGCGCAGAUGCAGCUCACGGCGGGAGACUCGACUCCUCUGUCGGCGAAAAUCGGGAUCUCGGUGGAGGACGCGGCGUCGCUUCAGUCGUUGGAUGUGGCGGCGGAGAGGAAAAUCGAGCGGUUGGCGAUGAGGGUUGGGGAGAAUCUGUUUAAUUUCAUGCAGUCGUUCUGCGGCGUCGAUGGGAGCAAGUUGGUUGUUCCGAUGGAUAUAUUGGAUCGGUGGUUUAAGAAGUUUCAGGAGAGAGCUAAAAGAGAUCCUGGUUUUCUCAAAAGCUUCGCUUUGUAGAAUGGUUUUUGGCUUUUGCGUCUUUGGUCUUGUCUAAACCUCAUUUUGGCAACUUAAGGGUUCUGUAUGAUGAAUUGAAGAAGAGAUUCUAGUUCACUUUA